AGCCAGAACCCACAUCAGUUGACAGGAAAAUACAACACAAAUCACAUGACUGAGUUAAACUUAUACAAAAAGUUCUGUUGACAGAGAAAUGCACUAGAUUCUGACAUUAUACCCAAUACAUAUAUAAUACAUACAAAGCAUACCAUGCAGCAGCAGCAGCUUCUGCCAGAACCAGAAAGCGGCUGUAACCAGCACACUGUAUCACCUGGCUAUGCUGAUGCCAAAAUAAACCAGAAAUCCCAUUCUGGAGAUCAAAAGUCAAGCUCAGGUUUGUGUGUUGAUAUUAACAGGCUAGAGAAGGAAGGUACAGUUUCUGAAUAUGUCUGUGCACAUCAUUUUGUAGCCAAGUAACCCACUGUAAGGGUGGCCCUGAGCAGACUUUCUUCUGGUCACGCAUUUGACGACCAGGGGAAUUUGACUAGCAGGGGAAUUCACACACAUAAACAAGAACUCAGAGCUACAUUUGAGGAUUAUCCUGAAAAAACUGUCAGCAAACACACUGUGUUUGUUCAUCCCACGUCUCUAAAGGAGCCAAACUGUAAUGGCACAGCGUAGGUGCCAUCAGGUCUGCCCCACACAAACAAAAAGCCAGAAAAUGUUGUGUGUCUUGAUGGAUAUGGUCUUUUUUUAUUAGCAUAGGCAAAGGUAGCGUACUUUCUGACAGAGAGCAAAAGGAAGAAAGAAAAGCAACAGCAAACACAAUUAACUAACUCUGGCAAUACACAAAAAUGAGGAAGGAAACAACACACUACACCAACAGAAAAAGUCUCAUCUUUCUACACAUUUCCCUAUUCUUAAUACUUUGCUCGAGGCUUCUGUCAGCAGAGGAACAGCGGAUGAACCAGACAGCCAAAGACCCCUCUCUGAAACAGUUGCUGCCGGGUUUGCUCAGUCUAUUUCAAACAAUGGAAGAUUUUGCAAAUGAGAGUGUUGUCAGUAACUCCAGUGGAGCACCCUCCUCCGCACCAUGCCACCGAGACACCACAGUCACCCACCUGGUCUUCCCAGUACUCUAUACAUUCGUCUUCCUCCUGGGACUCAUACUGAACAGCCUGGCUUUUUGGGCUUUCUUCCAUAUUCCAAGCACAUCAACUUUCAUUGUCUACCUGAAAAAUAUCUUAGUUUCUGAUUUUAUAAUGACCCUGAUGCUUCCACUGAAAAUCUUGACGGACUCUGGCCUGGGACCAUGGCAGCUCAAAGCCUUUGUCUGUCGCUUCUCAGCUGUAGUAUUUUACGACACCAUGUAUAUUAGCAUAGUGUUACUUGGUCUCAUUGCUUUUGACAGAUUUCUCAAGAUUGUGAGACCUUUUGGGAAGUUCUGGGUGCAAAACCUGACCUCAGCGAAGAUCCUUGCAGGUUUGGUCUGGCUCUUCUUCUUUGGUCUCUCUCUGCCUAACAUGAUCUUAUCAAACAAGAAAGUGACGCCCCAAUCCGUGAAGAAGUGUGCCUCACUGAAGAAUUACUUUGGACUCAAAUGGCACGAAGCUGUCAAUUAUAUCUGUCAGUUCGUCUUCUGGACUGUUCUCAUCCUCAUGUUUGUAUUUUAUAUAAUUAUUGCCAAAAAGGUCUAUGAGUCUUAUAUAAAAACACAGAAGAAAAACAACAAAAGCGAACAAAGGAUCAAGGGGAAAGUAUUCAUCAUUUUUACUGUGUUUUUCUUAUGCUUUGCCCCCUUUCAUUUUAGCAGGGUUCCCUAUACUCUGAGUCAAACAACCACCCGAAUGGACUGCCGUCUGCAGAACCAGCUCUUUGUUGCAAAAGAAAGCACUCUGUGGCUGGCGACCACAAACGUCUGCAUGGACCCCCUGAUAUACAUGUUCUUGUGCAAACCAUUUGUAGAAAAGGUUUUAUGCAGGAGAGUAAAGACAUUUCAGAAAACAAUUCAUACAAACCCAAAAACUGAACUGGACACUGCUACUGAACCUUGAUUCUACAGCUUCAUGCUCUACAG